AUGAACCGGGACAAUACUUCUGGCGAACUGUCCCAAGGAACGGUCUCGCCUUCACGUCCAUCUACUAGCUCCACCGAGAUUGCAGUGGCCGUGAACCCGACGCCGGAAGAGGACCUCUACGCUGCCGCACUCGCCAUGAGGGAGGCCAUUUCUCAGGACGACGACCCAGGAGAAGAUGGCCACGAGGGCGACGACGAGGACGACGACGAGGACGACGACGACGAUGAGGAGGAGGACGAGGAGGAGGAAGAAGAGGAGGAAGGGCCGGGAGGAGGAGGAGGAGGAGGAGGGGUCGACGACAGCAACAACGCAUUCGCCUUUGACGACGACAUGGACCGGUACCCGGCCUCCAUGACCAGCUCGGUGCGCGACCACCUGUACGAGGGCGGGCUGCGGUACCACGCCUACCGCGCCGGCAAGUACGCCUUCCCCAACGACGAGACGGAGCAGAACCGCGACGACAUGAAGCACACCAUGACCCUCAUGCUGUGCCACGGCGCCUACUUUUACGCCCCCGUUGAGGAGGUCCUGAAGAGGGGCGGCGAGGUGCUGGAUCUGGGCACCGGGACGGGAAUAUGGGCGAUGGAACUUGGCGACAAGUACCCAAACAGCACCAUAACCGGCAUCGACCUAUCCCCGAUCCAGCCCACGUUCGUCCCAGAAAACGUCCACUUCUUCGUCGACGACUUUGAAGAAGACUGGGUCGACCCGCCCAAUAAGUACGACUUUAUCCACAUACGCCACACUCUCCAUUCCGUCAAGGAUGUCGACGCCCUCCUGAGCCGAGUAAUGCGCCACCUCAAGCCAGGCGGCUACUUUGAGAUCCAAGAACUGGGCGCCACCCCCCAGUCGGACGACGGCACGCUGACCCCCGAGACGCCAUACGCCCUGCGCGACUACAUCAACUUUAUCAUCGCCGGCCUGCGCGUCCUCGGGUCGGACGGCCACGCGGUGCUGCGCAUGCCGGAGCGGAUGCGGGCCGCCGGGUUCGAGGACGUGCGGCGGACGACGCACAAGUGCCCGCUCGGCGCCUGGCCGCGCGACCGCCGCCUGCGCUUCUGCGGCCUCUUCCUGCGCACCGCCCUCAUGGACGGCCUGCGCGGCCUCAGCCACCGGCCCCUGACCGCCCUCGGCUGGACCCAGCUGCAGAUCGAGAUGUUCCUGGUCGACGUCCGCAAGGCCCUCAUGGAGUCCAGCGUGCACGCCUACUUUACCCUGUACAUGAUCCACGGCCGGAAACCGCUGAGCUGA